AUGGUUGCUGACGUGCUUGGUGAUAUUAAUUAUCUUACUUCCACUACAGACGGAUGUCCAGCGUGGUUAAAAACGUAUUCCGAAGCUGCAUCACAACGGUCAAAUCUCGUACAAGCUCCUACCAACAUUCUCAUCCAUAAUUUACGUGGAAAGGAGAAUAGUGUUGAUUUCGACACAAAUGCUUUUGAAGUGCUCAAAUACAAUGGUUCUAUACAAGCAGAAUUUGAGGAUGCUAGUGAAGAACAAAAGCGUUGCUAUAAGGAAAUGGAAGAAUUACUUGAGAAGCACCUUGGUGCUUCUCGUGUGAUCGUCUAUCAUCAUAGUUUUCGCUCCCGUGGUAAGCCGCGGCCAAAUGAAGAAUUAAAUGAUACUCAUAGAAAUCCAGCUUAUUAUCCCCACACUGAUAUUGACGGUUUUGGUGCCGAAAACUUAGUUAAACGACUAAUCGAUGAAAACAACUGUGAAAACGAAAAGGUCACACGAGCGCAAAUAAUGAAUGUCUGGCGUUUGUUGGGUUCUAAUCCAUCGACUGACAAGCCGUUGACGAUUUGCGAUUAUCGUUCGAUUGACACUGAAAAGGAUGUUCAUUCACUCGAAAUUCGCGGAAAUUUGGCACAUAAAGAACAUCGCACAGCUCGUAUUUUGUCUCGAAAUCCAGAAGACGCACACAAAUGGUAUUAUCUUAGUGACAUACGUCCUGAUGAAAUGUUUGCCUUUAAAAUGUAUGAUAGCAAACCUAAUGUGGCUCAAUAUGCAUUUCACACAGCUUUUCAUAAUACUAGUGUGUCCGCAUCAGAUGAAGAACAGAAAAGCUUGGAAAUUCGUUGUUUAGUUUUGUAUUAUAAUUAA